AUGUCGUCAGAAAAAAACUCUAUAUUAGCUUUAAAAUGCGCUAGAUUAAAGCUAAGACCAAACAAUGUUCCUGAUGAGCUACCUGGUCGCGAAAGCGAGUACAAGCGAAUCUAUGGAAAAGUUAGAUCUGCGAUUGAACAAUUUUCAGGAUGUUGUAUUUGCAUAUCAGGUCAAGCUGGAACCGGUAAAACGGCAACUGUAGAAUGUGUCAUGGACAAUUUAAAGAAGGAAGUUAGCGAAGUUAGCGAAAUGUCGUUCCAUCUUGUUAAAAUCAAUGGAAUGGAAUUAAAUUCACCUGAAGAAUUGUAUACUAUAUUAUGGAAACAAUUAACUGGUGUUAUUGUAAAUAGUUCCGAUGCUAAAAAAUUAUUAGAUGCAAGAUUUAAGGCUAAAUCUGAACCAGAUUCGGUUGAGACUAUAACUUCUGAUGAUAGUUUGGCUGAUAGUUUAUCAGAUUCAUGCAAUAGUAGAUUAUUGGAUAAAUUGGUUUUUAAACCAUACACUAAAAAUGAAUUAAUUACAAUUGCCGACAAAUGUUAUGAAUGUACUCAUAUAUUUGGCAAGGAUGUUAUAGAUGUGGCUGCAAGUAUAACAACUUCAGGAACACAAGAUAUUAAAACUUUUAUAAGUAUUUGCAGAGAUUCAAUCGAUAUACUGGAAUCAAAUUACAAGAAAAAUCCAAAAAUAAACCUUAUUGUUACCAAUGAAAUUGUUCAGAAAGCGAUUUAUAGAUUAAGUAAUCCAUAUAAAGAUUAUAUUAAACGUUGUUCUACACACGAAAAAAUGUUUUUGCUAGCAUUGUUAACGGCCAAAGACAAAAAUAUCAAUGAUUCAUCAAUUCAAGUUAAAGAUGUUGUACCAUUAUAUAUCAAAUUAUGUAAAAACAAAUUUAUAGAAGUUCCUAAAGAAUCUGAUAUAUUGAAUAUCGCUUAUAAUCUUGCGACAUCUUCAUAUAUAAUUAUGGAUCCAAGUAAAGACAUAUAUACACCAGUUAAUUUUAAUGGAACAAUAAAAUUUAAAAUAAAAUAA